GAAAAGGCUAAAGAAAAAUUCGCUACAGACGAUGAUUUUGUUUAUUCAAAGGAUUAUUUAUCAAACUUGUUAGAAUUUGAUGAUGUUUCAUUCAGAAGAUUAAAAGAAUCUCAUAAAUCAUAUUUAAAUGAUAUUUUAGCAGAUAAACAUGUUAGUUUCCAUAAUGAUGAUUCAAAACCUUUUGGUAAUGGUAUUGUUUUUGUUGGUGGUAUUAAAUUUUCUUGGCUAGCAUUCAUUGGGAUUCAACAAUUGAGAACCCUAGGAUGUAAUUUACCAAUUGAAGUGUUUAUCGGUGAUGAAAGUGAAUAUGAAGAAGAAUUAUGUGAAGUUAUUUUACCAAAAUUUAAUUCUCGUUGUUCAGUGUUACAUCAAGAAAUUGGUGAUAUUUCUAAAAAAUUAGAAGCUAAAAUCUCAGGAUAUCAAUAUAAAAAUCUUGCAUUCUUGGUUUCAAAAUUCGAAAACAUUUUAUUUUUAGAUGCUGACAAUGUUCCAAUGAGAGAUCCAACCCCAUUAUUUAAUUCCAAAGUUAUGAAAGAUCAUGGAUUGGUUAUAUGGCCAGAUGCAUGGGCAAGAACAACACAUCCAAAAUACUUUGAAAUUGCAGGAGUUAAUGUAACAAAUCAAAUCGUUAGAGGCCCUUAUAAAGGUCAAGAUCCAACAAACUUUGAUAUAAACAAAGAUGUUAGUUUCCAUGAUUUGGAAAUCACUUUACCAAACCCAUCAAGUGAAAGUGGUAUGAUUUUGAUCAACAAGACAAAACAUGCAAAGACUUUGUUGUUAUCAUUAUAUUAUAAUGUUUUUGGCCCCAAAUUAUAUUACACUUUGUUUACCCAAGGUUCAGCAGGCGAAGGUGAUAAAGAAACUUUCAUUGCAGCUGCGUUUGUCCUUGGAAACAAAUUCUAUCAAGUCUUACAACCUUUUAAAUUCAUUGGACAUCAUCAUAAAGCUGGUGAAUUUAGCAGUAAAGCAUUGGGUGAACAUAAUGAAUUGAUUGAAGCACCUAAUGCUAAAAAAGCUGAUGUUUUCUUUAUGCAUCUAAGUUAUCCAAAGUUGGUACCAUUUGCCUUAUUACACGAUGAAGAGAUUAUCAUUGAUGGUAAACAUAUUAGAAUGUAUAUGUCUUCAACAGAAGCUGCAGGUUAUGAUUUUGAAUUGAGAAUAUUCCAGAUUGUCACUGCUGCUUUAUGUAAAGACUAU